UCACGCUUGUUUUUAGCUAGCUAGCAUAUGGAUCAAUUGCCUAUCGACUGUAAGUUACGUCCUGACUAGCUUGUUAGCUAGCACAGCUUGUUGAUUUGUAGUCGAUCAACAGCACUGCCAACUCAAACAAUUGAUGCCUUCCGUAUGACAUGAACUCCAUGUUCUAGCUUCUCAAAUGUUGAUUUGUGAUUACAUCCUCACCACGCCCACCCUCCCACAUAUUUGAGGAACCCCCCCUGCCCGCGUCUCGCAAGGCGCUUGUGAAGAACCUGCGAACCGAGCCGUGUUUUUUCUAUGGCUCUGCUGACCCUGCACCGACCCCCGUCCAUCUCCACGGCUCCGGAUGAAAGCAUUCCAAGAAGAGGGAGACUUCAGAAAAGGGAGAGCUUUGCUCUGGUCAAGGGGGCCGUCCUUCUCUUGGAAGGAGAGAGGGAGGAGCCUCAUGAAGAGACAUCACCCAAUCACUUUCCUUCACCCCUGAAGCUGGGGGGCGGAGCUUCAGACACACAACACAGACAUCUGCAUGCCAUGGUGUCAUUACUGAGACCAGAGGACACUAUCAAACUGGCGGUGAGGUUGGAGUCAGUGAGUCCAGUCAGAGUGAGGUAUCUGAUUGUGGUCUCCACCCUCGGUAACAAACAGGAGAGCAUUCUCCUGGGCAUGGACUUCCCCGACACAGACAGUGAUCAGUGUACUAUCGGUAUGGUUGUGCCCAUAUGGAGUGCCACACAAGUGUACCUGGACGGAGAUGGUGGGUUCAGUGUCACGUCAGCAGAAGAGACAAGAAUCUUCAAGCCUGUUUCCAUCCAGACCAUGUGGUCUGUGCUGCAGGCGCUGCAUGGCUGCUGUGAGCGGGCGGUGAAGGGUGCAGUGAUUCCAGGCUGUGGGCUGGACUGGGCCCAACACUACUAUGGGCAUGUGGAGUCUAACCGCCUCUGUCUAAACGAGUGGGGCGCUAUGACAGGCCUGGAGUCAAUUAGGAGGGACAGCGCCGGACAGAGCUCGACGGAGAGGGUGUCUGUGGAGAGGCAGAUCAAAGAGGAACUCCGAGACAUCAUGAGAACAGAGGACCUGGAGAAUAUCACCUCCAAACAGGUCCGCAGUGCCCUGGAGGCCAGGAUAGGCAUGGAUAUGAAGAAUUACAAGGAAUACAUCGACAAUGAAAUGAUGGUCACCAUGGCGCAGAUGGACAAACCCUCCAAAAUAUUUGACUAUUUGUUCCUGGGGUCUGAGUGGAAUGCUGCCAACUUUGAGGAGCUACAGAAAAACAAUGUGGGAUACAUCCUGAACAUUACGCGGGAGAUCGAUAACUUCUUCCCAGAGUCCUUCAGCUACAUGAACAUCAGGGUGUACGACGUGGAGGCUACAGACCUGCUGUCCCACUGGAAAGACACAUACACCUUCAUCAACACAGCCAGGCAGAGUGGCAAGGCGGUGCUGGUGCAUUGUAAGAUGGGUGUGUCUCGCUCUGGGUCCACAGUGGUGGCCUAUGCCAUGAAGCAGCAGCGCUGGCCCCUGGAGGUGGCUCUGUCCUACGUCAGGGACCGCAGGCCCAUCGUCCAGCCCAACGUCGGCUUCAUGAAGCAACUCCACACCUACAGCGGCAUCCUUAACGCCAGUCAGCAGCGCCACAGCGCUCUCUGGAGGCGGAUGUCGCGAGAGAAGAGAAAGAGGUCUGCUGCUUCACACAGCAACGAAGAAGAAGAGGAGGAGGAGGAGGAGAGUGACGAGGAGGAUGAAGAAGAGACGGAGAGUCCGGAUGAAGUUGAUGAGGCAGAUAAAGAGGUAUUUGAAGAGCCUGCCCCCAAGGUUGAGACAGACGCUUCACUCACGGAACUGGCCUCCCCACUCACGGAACUGGCCUCCCCACUCACGGAACUGGCCUCCCCACUCACGGAACUGGCCUCCCCACUCACGGAACUGGCCUCCCCACUCACGGAACUGGCCUCCCCACUCACGGAACUGGCCUCCCCACUCACGGAACUGGCCUCCCCACUCACGGAACUGGCCUCCCCACGGAACUGGCCUCCCCACGGAACUGGCCUCCCCACUCACGGAACUGGCCUCCCCACUCACGGAACUGGCCUCCCCACUCACGGAACUGGCCUCCCCACUCACGGAACUGGCCUCCCCCUCUCACGGAACCGGCCUCACGGAACCCCUCCCCUCACGGAACCGGCCUCCCCACCCACGGAACCGGCCGCAGCUAAUCCCCUUAUCACUGUACACGACAGUGACAAGGCGUCCUCUCAGAGCCCCAGUCGCAGUGGCAGGAUGAACCUCUUCUCUCUCAUGCAGUCCAUCAACGAACUGGACGAUGAGGACCUAAGGAAUGAACAGAUUGCCAACAGUCACCGGCGGUCUCCAGGGCAGCGGAGGCGGAGUCAUGGACGGAAGGGCCUCAUGCAUCAGAGGGCCCAUGUGGACGGUUCACCUGAGCCAAGCAGCCUAUCAGGUCCCAGAAAAUGUGAAGGGGCGGGGCCAAGUAAACCUGAGUCCAGGGAAGGAGAUACCAAGACGAUGGAAGGGCGGUAGAGGGAGAAAAGGGGAGAAUGGAUGGAGAAAGAGAAGCCUAGAGUAGACACUAAUAGGAAGAGAUGAAAUGUUCUGCCUUCUUUCAAGCUAUAAACAUGAAAGUAUCACCCAAAGGUAUUUAUAUACAUCAUACUACUUGAGCCUUGUUCACACUGCAGGCCUUAAAAGCUAAAAUCAGUGUUUUUCCAUUCUGUUUUGGAAUACUGACUGUCCAAACAGCAAGUUACAAGCAACCAAAUCAGAUUUGUUUGUUCAGACAGCAGUCAUUUGCUUACAUGGCUACACUAGCUGUCAUAGCAAUGAUGGGUGUGUGUGUGAGCAGUGGUGUAGACUGAUUCACUCAUUUGUUUGUAAACAAUUAACAAGCUUGUUAGCUACCACGUUCUUGUCAAACUAGUCAGUGGCUAGUGUCAGUGGCUAGCAAGCAACAAGAUAUGCCAAAUAAGUCUAAAAACCAUUUGCGGGCAAAUAAAUCCGAUUUGACCGUUCAGACACAAGUUGCAUGGCCAGGAAUCUGAUUAGUACCUGAUUUCAACCCACCUACGAAGGUGUUUUGAAAUGUGGCUUGAAAUAUGUUUGUCUGUUCCUACUGCAGGAAAAAGAACAGAUUUGAAUCGUAUAUGCAUUUAUUUUAGUUACUUCAAACUGCCAAUGUGAACAAGGCUUUAGUCUCCCAACUAGCAUAGUGUUAUACACGG